AUGACCGACGCCCAGAUGGCUGACUUUGGGGUGGCAGCCCAGUACCUCCGCAAGUCAGAGAAGGAGCGUCUGGAGGCCCAGACCCGGCCCUUUGACAUCCGCACUGAGUGCUUCGUGCCGGAUGACAAGGAAGAGUUUGUCAGAGCCAAGAUUGUGUCCCGGGAGGGGGGCAAGGUCACUGCUGAAACCGAAAAUGGCAAGACGGUGACCGUGAAGGAGGACGAGGUGUUGCAGCAGAACCCGCCCAAGUUCGACAAGAUCGAGGACAUGGCCAUGCUGACCUUCCUGCACGAGCCCGCGGUGCUCUACAACCUCAAGGAGCGCUACGCGGCCUGGAUGAUCUACACCUACUCGGGCCUGUUCUGCGUCACCGUCAAUCCCUACAAGUGGCUGCCGGUGUACAACGCCGAGGUGGUGGCUGCCUACAGGGGCAAGAAGAGGAGUGAGGCCCCACCCCACAUCUUCUCCAUCUCUGACAACGCUUAUCAGUACAUGCUGACCGAUCGGGAGAACCAGUCCAUCCUCAUCACCGGAGAAUCCGGGGCAGGGAAGACUGUGAACACCAAGCGUGUCAUCCAGUACUUUGCCAGCAUUGCGGCCAUAGGAGACCGUGGCAAGAAGGACAACGUCAAUGCGAACAAGGGCACCCUGGAGGACCAGAUCAUCCAAGCCAACCCCGCUCUGGAGGCCUUCGGCAAUGCCAAGACCGUCCGGAACGACAACUCCUCCCGUUUUGGGAAAUUCAUCAGGAUUCACUUUGGAGCCACUGGAAAGCUGGCUUCUGCAGAUAUAGAGACCUAUCUGCUGGAGAAGUCCCGGGUGAUCUUCCAGCUGAAGGCUGAGAGGAACUACCACAUCUUCUACCAGAUCCUGUCCAACAAGAAGCCAGAGCUGCUGGACAUGCUGCUGGUCACCAACAACCCCUACGACUAUGCCUUCGUGUCCCAGGGAGAGGUGUCCGUGGCUUCCAUCGAUGACUCUGAGGAGCUCAUGGCCACCGAUAAUGCUUUUGAUGUGCUGGGCUUCACUCCGGAGGAGAAAGCCAGCGUCUACAAGCUGACGGGCGCCAUCAUGCACUACGGAAACAUGAAGUUCAAGCAGAAGCAGCGGGAGGAGCAGGCGGAGCCAGAUGGCACCGAAGAUGCUGACAAGUCCGCCUACCUCAUGGGGCUGAACUCAGCCGACCUGCUCAAGGGGCUGUGCCACCCCCGGGUGAAAGUGGGCAAUGAGUACGUCACCAAGGGGCAGAAUGUGCAGCAGGUGUACUACUCCAUUGGGGCACUGGCCAAGGCCGUGUACGAGAAGAUGUUCAACUGGAUGGUGACGCGCAUCAAUGCCACCCUGGAGACCAAGCAGCCACGCCAGUACUUCAUAGGAGUCCUGGACAUCGCUGGCUUUGAGAUCUUCGACUUCAACAGCUUUGAGCAGCUCUGCAUCAACUUCACCAACGAGAAGCUGCAGCAGUUCUUCAACCACCACAUGUUCGUGCUGGAGCAGGAGGAGUACAAGAAGGAGGGCAUCGAGUGGGAGUUCAUCGACUUCGGCAUGGACCUACAGGCCUGCAUCGACCUCAUCGAGAAGCCCAUGGGCAUCAUGUCCAUCCUGGAGGAGGAGUGCAUGUUCCCCAAGGCCACUGACAUGACCUUCAAAGCCAAGCUGUAUGACAACCACCUGGGCAAGUCCAACAACUUCCAGAAGCCACGAAACAUCAAGGGGAAGCCGGAAGCCCACUUCUCCUUGGUGCACUAUGCUGGCACUGUGGACUACAACAUCCUGGGCUGGCUGGAAAAGAACAAAGACCCUCUCAACGAGACGGUGGUGGGCUUGUACCAGAAGUCCUCCCUCAAGCUCAUGGCCACGCUCUUCUCCACCUAUGCUUCCGCCGAUAGUGCAGAUAGUGGUAAAAGCAAAGGAGGCAAGAAAAAGGGCUCAUCCUUCCAAACAGUGUCAGCUCUCCACCGGGAGAAUCUCAACAAGCUAAUGACCAACCUGAGGACCACCCACCCUCACUUUGUGCGCUGCAUCAUCCCCAAUGAACGGAAGGCUCCGGGGGUGAUGGACAACCCCCUGGUCAUGCACCAGCUGCGCUGCAACGGCGUGCUGGAGGGCAUCCGCAUCUGCAGGAAGGGCUUCCCCAACCGCAUCCUCUACGGGGACUUCCGGCAGAGGUAUCGCAUCCUGAACCCAGCGGCCAUCCCCGAAGGGCAGUUCAUUGACAGCAGGAAGGGGGCAGAGAAGCUGCUGAGCUCCCUGGAUAUUGACCACAACCAGUACAAGUUCGGCCACACCAAGGUGUUCUUCAAGGCGGGGCUGCUGGGGCUACUGGAGGAGAUGCGGGACGAGAGGCUGAGCCGCAUCAUCACGCGCAUCCAGGCCCAGUCCCGGGGCCAGCUCAUGCGCAUCGAGUUCAAGAAGAUCCUGGAACGCAGGGAUGCCCUGCUGGUAAUCCAGUGGAACAUUCGGGCCUUCAUGGGGGUCAAGAAUUGGCCCUGGAUGAAACUCUACUUCAAGAUCAAGCCGUUGCUAAAGAGCGCAGAGACGGAGAAGGAGAUGGCCAACAUGAAGGAGGAAUUCGGGCGCAUCAAAGAGUCACUGGAGAAGUCUGAGGCUCGCCGCAAGGAGCUGGAGGAGAAGAUGGUGUCCCUGCUGCAGGAGAAGAAUGACCUGCAGCUCCAAGUGCAGGCGGAACAAGACAACCUCAAUGAUGCUGAGGAGCGCUGUGACCAGCUCAUCAAGAACAAGAUCCAGCUGGAGGCCAAGGUGAAGGAGAUGAACGAGAGGCUGGAAGACGAGGAGGAGAUGAACGCUGAGCUCACUGCCAAGAAGCGCAAGCUGGAAGAUGAGUGCUCUGAGCUCAAAAAGGACAUUGAUGACCUGGAGCUGACACUGGCCAAGGUGGAGAAAGAGAAGCACGCAACAGAGAACAAGGUGAAGAACCUGACAGAGGAGAUGGCUGGGCUGGAUGAGGUCAUCGCCAAGCUGACCAAGGAGAAGAAAGCUCUGCAAGAGGCCCACCAGCAGGCCCUAGAUGACCUUCAGGCUGAAGAGGACAAGGUCAACAGCCUGAGCAAGUCUAAGGUCAAGCUGGAGCAGCAAGUGGAUGAUCUGGAGGGGUCCCUGGAGCAGGAGAAAAAGGUGCGCAUGGACCUGGAGCGAGCAAAGAGGAAGCUAGAGGGUGACCUAAAGCUGACCCAGGAGAGCAUCAUGGACCUGGAGAAUGACAAGCUGCAGCUGGAAGAAAAGCUCAAGAAGAAGGAGUUUGACAUUAAUCAGCAGAACAGUAAGAUUGAGGAUGAGCAGGCACUGGCCCUUCAGCUGCAGAAGAAACUGAAGGAAAACCAGGCACGCAUCGAGGAGCUGGAGGAGGAGCUGGAAGCCGAGCGCACCGCCAGGGCCAAGGUGGAGAAGCUGCGCUCAGACCUGUCCCGGGAGCUGGAGGAGAUCAGCGAGCGGCUGGAGGAGGCCGGCGGGGCCACGUCCGUGCAGAUCGAGAUGAACAAGAAGCGUGAGGCCGAGUUCCAGAAGAUGCGGCGGGACCUGGAGGAGGCCACGCUGCAGCACGAGGCCACGGCCGCGGCCCUGCGCAAGAAGCACGCGGACAGCGUGGCCGAGCUGGGCGAGCAGAUCGACAACCUGCAGCGGGUGAAGCAGAAGCUGGAGAAGGAGAAGAGCGAGUUCAAGCUGGAGCUGGACGACGUCACCUCCAACAUGGAGCAGAUCAUCAAGGCCAAGGCAAACCUGGAGAAAGUGUCUCGGACGCUGGAGGACCAGGCCAAUGAGUACCGCAUGAAGCUAGAUGAGGCCCAGCGCUCCCUCAACGACUUCACCACCCAGCGAGCCAAGCUGCAGACCGAGAACGGAGAGCUGGCCCGGCAACUGGAGGAGAAGGAAGCGCUGAUUUCCCAGCUGACCCGAGGGAAGCUGUCCUACACCCAGCAGCUGGAGGACCUCAAGAGGCAGCUGGAGGAGGAGGGCAAGGCGAAGAACGCCCUGGCCCACGCACUGCAGUCAGCCCGGCAUGACUGUGACCUGCUGCGGGAGCAGUACGAGGAGGAGACGGAGGCCAAGGCCGAGCUGCAGCGCGUCCUGUCCAAGGCCAACUCGGAGGUGGCCCAGUGGAGGACCAAGUACGAGACGGAUGCCAUCCAGCGGACCGAGGAGCUCGAAGAGGCCAAGAAGAAGCUGGCGCAGCGGCUCCAGGACGCCGAGGAGGCCGUGGAGGCCGUCAACGCCAAGUGCUCUUCGCUGGAGAAAACCAAGCACCGGCUGCAAAACGAGAUCGAGGACCUGAUGGUGGACGUGGAGCGCUCCAACGCCGCCGCUGCGGCCCUGGACAAGAAGCAGAGGAACUUCGACAAGAUCCUGGCCGAGUGGAAGCAGAAGUACGAAGAGUCGCAGUCAGAGCUGGAGUCGUCGCAGAAGGAGGCGCGCUCCCUCAGCACCGAGCUCUUCAAGCUCAAGAACGCCUAUGAGGAGUCCCUGGAGCACCUGGAGACCUUCAAGCGGGAGAACAAGAACCUUCAGGAGGAAAUCUUGGACCUCACUGAGCAGCUGGGAGAAAGAGGAAAGAAUGUGCACGAGCUGGAGAAGGUCCGAAAGCAGCUGGAGGCGGAGAAAAUGGAGCUGCAGUCAGCCCUGGAGGAGGCCGAGGCCUCCCUGGAGCACGAGGAGGGCAAGAUCCUCCGGGCCCAGCUGGAGUUCAACCAGAUCAAGGCAGAGAUUGAGCGCAAGCUGGCAGAGAAGGACGAGGAGAUGGAGCAGGCCAAGCGCAACCACCUGCGGGUGGUGGACUCGCUGCAGACCUCCCUGGACGCCGCCAUGAUGGCGGAGGAGCUGAAGAAGGAGCAGGACACGAGCGCCCACCUGGAGCGCAUGAAGAAGAACAUGGAGCAGACCAUUAAGGACCUGCAGCACCGGCUGGACGAGGCGGAGCAGAUCGCUCUCAAGGGUGGCAAGAAGCAGCUGCAGAAGCUGGAGGCGCGGGUGCGGGAGCUGGAGAAUGAGCUGGAGGUGGAGCAGAAGCGCAAUGCGGAGUCGGUCAAGGGCAUGAGGAAGAGCGAGCGGCGCAUCAAGGAGCUCACCUACCAGACGGAAGAGGACAGGAAGAACCUGCUGCGGCUGCAGGACCUGGUGGACAAGCUGCAGCUGAAGGUCAAGGCCUACAAGCGCCAGGCCGAGGAGGCGGAGGAGCAGGCCAACACCAACCUGUCCAAGUUCCGCAAGGUGCAGCACGAGCUGGAUGAGGCGGAGGAGCGCGCGGACAUCGCCGAGUCCCAGGUCAACAAGCUGCGGGCCAAGAGCCGCGAUAUCGGCACCAAGCAAAAAAUGCACGACGAGGAGUGACGCCACCUCCGGAACCUCAUCCUUGCUAAUAUAUAAUAAAUAUGAGUGC